GUCGACUCCUAUCACCAAAAACACGCCAGUUCUUUUGGCCAUUGCGUUUGAGACAAGUCUGGCGAUGAUUGCUUUAUUCUGGGCGUCCUGCAUGUUGUUUUCCCUAUUACAGAGAAUCAUCCCAGCUUAUUAAUUGACAAGCGCUUCAUCAACUUUCCUUUGUCCCUCUUGCAGUGUUAACUUGAUGCUCAGCACGGAGCACCUCCAAGACAAGCUUCGCCAAUCCUACCCUGCCGUGUCUCAUAACAGGAAAGAGACUGUGCCCUCGCCGCCGCCCAUUACAGCAUCGCAUCGCAAACGCCCCAUAGAGGACUGACCGUGCUCCAUCUCUCCUCUAGCAUCUCAUUUUUGCCUCACCAUCCCCGAUAUCACCCCUAGAUACCGAAACAGCAACAAGGGACGCUUGAUGGGUUUACUCGACUUUCGGGCGCCGACGUCAUUGCGGCUGGCCAUGUCGGCCGCCGGCGAGGCCUGGGAUCCAGCAUUGAUGACGGCGCCCUCGCCCUUCGUCGUUUUCAAGAAGAAACCGCAUGAUUCCCAUCCAUCCAUCGACAAUUUGGUGCUGCUUGUCUUUGGCGCGGUGCUGGAAGUGGUGUGCGUCAGUCUGCCCGGAUACAUCAUUGCGCGCCUCGGCCACUUCGACGCGGAUAAGCAGAAGUUCCUCGCCAAUCUGAAUGUUAUGCUGUUUACGCCAUGUUUGAUCUUCACCAAACUCGCAUCGCAGCUCAAUGCCGACAAGCUGGUUGAGCUCGGCAUCAUUCCCAUCAUCUUCGUCAUCCAAACAUUAGUCUCGUACCUCGUCUCCCGGAUCGUGGCAAGAUGCUUCGGGUUCAACCGCCGCGCCUCCAAUUUCGUCACGGCCAUGGGCGUGUUUGGAAACUCCAACUCGCUCCCCAUCUCCCUCGUCAUCUCGCUGUCGCAGACAUUGAAGGGCCUCCAUUGGGAUAGGAUACCGGGCGACAAUGACGAUGAGGUAGCAGCACGUGGCAUUCUCUACCUGAUGGUGUUUCAGCAGCUCGGCCAGCUGGUCAGGUGGAGCUGGGGAUACCAUGUGUUACUGGCGCCGAAGUCCAGUUACCCCGAGUACGCUGACCAGACCAUCGAGGAAGGUCGCCGUCACAGCGAGGAAGCGCAGAACGACGGCGAAACGGAAGGGCUACUUCAAGGCGCCGACAUUGUUGACGAGACGGGUGGCCAUGAGUACCAUCGCCCCUCGAGCCCGACACAUACCGACGAUUCGCAAGCAUAUUAUCCUGCUGGUCGGACGCCUGUGGGCGGGUCUUCCGGGGCGUCGCCGCAUGACUCGGAGGACGAGCAUGGCGCGGUAUGGAAAGCGAACGCGAAGCGGUAUUUAACCGAUCUUGGGGCGAAUGCCAAUGUGGACGACAACAACCUCGACAGGAUCCAAUCUUUCCCGCGUAUCCGCAACACCGACGAGUUCGAGGCGCCGCCAGGCAUCAAGGGCAUCCCAGUGAGAAUCAGGCAGUUUCUUAGGAGGACAGAGCUUAAAGCCUCGAACUACCUGCGCACGACUGGCCGGCGCGGAUACGACACACUGCCGAGGCCCGUUCGAAACACACUGCGCAUGCUCCACCGCAUUUGGCAGCGUGUCUACAAGUUCAUCUGGGAGUUUAUGAACCCGCCCCUCUGGGCUAUGCUCCUCGCCGUUCUCGUCGCCUCCGUUCCAGACCUGCAGGCACUCUUCUUCCGCGAAGGGUCAUUCAUCAAGACGUCCGUCACGAGCGCCAUCAGCUCCUCGGCCGGCGUCGCGGUGCCUCUCAUCCUGGUCGUCCUCGGCGCCAACCUGGCGCGCAACACGCAGGUGAGCGGCGAGGAGGCGGACCCGGAGGAGAAGCAGAUCGGCACGCGCCUGCUCGUCGCCAGCCUCAUCAGCCGCAUGCUGCUGCCCACGCUCAUCAUGGCGCCCGUCCUGGCCCUGUUCGCCAAGUACGUGCCCGUCAGCAUCCUGGACGACCCAAUUUUCGUGAUUGUCUGCUUCCUCCUCACCGGCGCGCCCAGCGCGCUGCAGCUGGCGCAGAUUUGCCAGAUUAACAAUGUGUUUGAAACGGUCAUGGGCAAGAUUCUGUUUCAGAGUUAUGUUCUAUGGAUUUUGCCGUCGACGCUUAUCCUGGUACUCUGUGCGCUGGAGGUGGUGGAGUGGGCCAAGUGAAGUACUUUCUUUCACAGAAGCUGAUAGCAGAUUGGCCGUUCAACAGUGCGUUUCUCAAACCUGGACUUUAUGGCUGGCGGAUGGCAAUUCCGGAUUUUGCAUUGGCGGCGUUGAUGGGUCGAGUGUGUUCAUUCCUCUGGUUUUAUAGGCUGUGUUUCUCUGAGGUGCUGCGGCCUGUGACAUGACACAGAAGUCGGUGGAUGGUUGUGAGUGACCUUGUCCGUCCUGAACAAAAGCUGGCGUGUUUUUAGGCAUGUGUAUGCUUUGCUGGGAAGACGGGCACACGGAGAAUGGAACAUUGAAAAAGAUGAGCAAAUUGGAAUGCUGGGUUCAGGCAUUGCUUUUGGGCGAGCAGGGAGGACGCUUUGUGUCAUUAUUAACAGGAAUAGCCUGGGGCGGAAGGUAGAUUGGAUGAGAGAAAUGAGCAGCUGAGUUGAGCGUUCUUGUGCUGCUC